GGGCUCUAGGAGUCAUUGAUUUCUCCCGCUGCCCUGAUUCGUGCGGGACGCUGCACGAUGAUGAGGACGACCCACUUGCCGCCGAAGGCCUAGAGCCUGGUGAUCGGAUAUUCGCUUUCGACAUCGAGUCCUAUGCGCGCUUUGAUAUGAAUUAUCGUAAUACGCUGCAUACACGUGCAUUCCAGAUGCACGCUUCUAAGAUAGCGGAACAAAAGGCCUCCCAGGAGAAGGAGAAGACCUUUCAGGAACGUGUUCCCUCCGCUUAUCACGACUUUAAAGACAUAUUCGACAAAGAGGAGUUCGAUCAGCUACCUCCUCGCACUCCUUACGACCAUGCGCUUGAGCUUACGAAAGAAUUCAAACCUAUACAUAUGAAAAACUACCCUAUGGCUCCCGCAGAACAAGAAGCGCUUGACCGCUUCCUAGAAGAAAACCUACGCUCUGGACGUAUCCGACCGUCCAAGUCUCCCAUGGCUUCACCGUUCUUCUUCAUCAAGAAGAAAGAUGGCUCCCUUCGCCCGGUACAGGACUACCGCAAGCUGAACGACAUGACUAUCAAGAAUCGUUACCCAUUGCCCCUUAUCCAGGAGCUGCUCGAUAAGCUCAAGGGUGCACGCGUCUUUACCAAACUUGAUGUGCGCUGGGGUUACAACAACGUGCGCAUCAAGGAGGGUGACGAAUGGAAGGCCGCGUUCACUACCAACCGCGGACUCUUCGAACCUAUGGUCAUGUUCUUCGGUUUAACGAAUUCUCCCGCCACCUUUCAAGCUAUGAUGAACACGCUCUUUCGAGACCUUAUUGCCAGUGGCAAGGUCGUUAUCUAUCUUGACGAUAUCCUUAUCUUCACACAUACUCUUGAGGAGCAUCGCGACAUUGUCCGCCAAGUACUCAAGAUUCUCCGUGACAACCACUUGUACCUCAAGCCAGAGAAGUGCAACUUUGAACAGUCGUCUAUUGAGUACUUGGGCAUGAUCGUUGAAGAAGGAGUCAUUCGCAUGGACCCCGCUAAAGUGGCUGCCAUUUCGGACUGGCCUAAGCCCACUAAGAAGCGUGAACUACAGUCUUUCCUUGGUUUCUGCAACUUCUACCACCGGUUUAUAAAGGACUUCUCCAAGAUCGCCCGCCCUCUCUACAAUCUCACCAAGAAAGAUGUUCCGUGGCAUUACGAGUCAUCCCUGACUCGUUGA